AUGCGAUCGAUACCUAACAAGCUCACGACCUUGAAAAUUAGGUACUCGGAAAAGCACGAACCUCGAAGAGAGCUCCCGCUAGUCAGCUCAGUAACAGCUCCCCUUCCAACCCGACCAAAGCCUUCUCAUUGGUGCGAACUUACUUUCCACUUCCAUCUCGAAUCGAACCAUCUCAUUGGCUGGCACGUUAAUCCCCCCACUACCAGCAACUCAGCCGCAACGACAGUAUAUCAAGAGCAGCGCACCUGGCCUCAAGCCAUUCAAUUCUUGUGCCUUCAACUACAGUGUUCCAGCUCUCAACGACUAGUCUACAGCAAGCGCGCAAGGCUUGCAACUAUAGUCGUGCAAGGCUUACUUAUUCCCAACAAGCGAGUAUACUUACUCAGUACGGACCAUCUCAACGAUACGGACUAUCUCAACGGCCCGAGUCAGAUUCAAGGCCUUACUCAACUCCGUCGAAGUCUACAGCAAGCGCACAAGGCUUGCAACUACAGUGAGACCCGGGAUAGCAAGCGCGCAAGGCUUGUCUAUUUCCAACGACCAUUCGAACACAACUGGCUGCAUCUCAUCAAGGGCUUUGUCAGACCACAGAACUUAAGAACCAAACAAACUCACAAACCCAGCUUUCUUUUGAGAGCGAGUGACCUUGAGUCACCGCCUAGCCAUCUUUUGGCUAUUACUGUCAUCUCGACAAAUAUCAGCACUUCUCAGAAACAAUAUCAAACAAAGGCCUUUCUCAAGGCCACCAAUCGAACCAAGUCACAUUCUCCUUUUAUAGCUGGACAUGAUUAUUUGUUCUGUGAAUAUCGUCUAAAUUGUCCUAAGGCACCUGAUAAAUAUAUCACUUGUAGAAAAUUUAAAAACUGUGAUCAUAUUGCCCUAGCAAACUCUCUAAAUGUUGCCUUAAAUCAAAAUGAAAUUAAUAUAAAAAAUUCUGAUCUAAAUGAACUCCUUGAAUUAUUUCUAAAUAGAGUUCUAAAGAUUCUAGAUGAAUAUGCUCCUGAAGUUACUUUUAAAGUCACUGGAAACUCAAACUCUUGGAUCACCAGAGAUCUUAAGAACAAAUGUCAUGAUCGUGAUAUACUUUAUAAACGAGCAAGAAGAACCAAAGAUCCUAACUUGCUCGCUAUCUAUAAAGAUAUGAGAAAAAAACUAAAAAUAGAACUAAAUCAGGCUCGUGAAAAUUAUUUAAAAACUCAUCUAGCUACUAUUUCACCUGGUAAAACCAUUUGGAGUAAGCUUAAGCACCUAGAACUGAUAAAGACAAAUUCAACUUCUCCUUUAAACUAUUUUGAUAACACCCUGUUAAAUGAACAUUUUGCAAAUAUAGUGAGAAAACAUCCACCUUGUGAUGUAGAUUUUCUCAAAUCGAUCCCCCUACUAUAUCAUAGUAAAGUUGAUUGUACAUUUAAGUGGCACCAGAUAGACAUUGUUGACGUAACAAAAGCUUUGCAUUUAACACUCCAAAAGUCUAAAGGUAAAAGUCCUGAUGGAUUAAAUUUAAAUUGGUUACGCGAUCAUUUACCGCAAAUAUCCCUAUUUUUAACUUCUUUAUUCAAUCGUUCACUUGAGUCAGGAAUUUUUCCAGAUGCUUGGAAGAUGGUCUAUAUAAUACCGUUAAAUAAAGCGAUUGCAGAUUGGGCUAGAGAUCAUGGUUUGCAAGUAAACUUAAGUAAAAGAAAAGCAAUGAUUAUAGGUACAAAUAGCAAAUUGAAGUCACUAGAUAUUGAAUCCCUCCCACCUAUUAUUGUAAAUAAUAUUGCAUUACCUUAUGUAAAUCAAACAAAAGGUCUUGGCUUAUUACUGAAUAAUGAUCUUUCAUGGAAUAGUUAUGUCUCGCAAGUUAUAAAAAGAGUAAACUCUACCCUCUACUCCUUGAAAAUUCGGAAAAACAUCUAUUCUACUGAUAUCAGAAAACUCUUAGUCACUGCUACUAUUCUCCCACUUAUUGAUUAUUGUUCGAUAGUAUUGAUCGAUUCUACAGCUGAUAACAACCUAAAAUUGCAACGUUCAUUAAACAAUACAAUACGAUUUAUUUAUAAUCUAAGACGUGAUGAACAUAUAACCCCUUAUAGACGUGAAUUAAAUUGGUUAUCAAUCAAAUCGAGACGUUUAUAUUACUUAGUUACUUAUUUUUAUAAAUUAUUACAAAUAGAAAAACCAAAUUAUCUUAGGGAAUUAUUUAUUGAAGAAGAAGCUAGACACUCUGAAAGAUUGGCAAGCAAAAUGAACAAUGUAAAUUUUGAAUUACCAAAAUAUUCUACUUUUGCUUUAGAAAACUCUUUUGUAGUCAUUGCAAUACGACUAUGGAAAAAUUUAUCGGCAGAAAUUGUAAAUGCUAGUAGUUUAGAAGUAUUUAAAGUAAAGAUGUUUGAUUAUCUACUUGAACUGGAUUUCCAGUAG